UGUCACCGGUGAUGUAGUUCGUGAAUGUGAUGAAAAAUGUAAUAACAUUUUGUUUUUGAAUAAAUAAUGUCAUCCUUGACGCUGAGUGAAAGGGCCUCGGCGCACCAUGACUACGAAUUAACGUCAGACGAAGAAGAAAAAUUCACUGAUCUGUUUAAUCGUCUUGACACGAAUAAGGAUGGGCGCAUUGACAUUCACGAUCUCAGCGAGGCCCUCAAAACUAUGCGGGUUCCACAAGUGGAAGACCAUGCCAGGAAGUUCCUGCGAAGCACAGACAGGGAUCGGGAUGGCCACAUCGACUUCGCUGAUUUCCUCUAUUACAUGACAGAACAUGAGAGAAAUCUACGUCUACUCUUCAGGAAAAUAGAUACGAAUCAAGAUGGCCGAAUAGACAAAAAUGAAAUUAUCCAGUCCUUCAAAGAGUUGGGCGUCUGUAUACAUCCCACAGAAGCUGAGAAUUUGCUCAAGCGGAUGGACAAGGAUGGCACCCUGAAGGUAGACUGGGAAGAGUGGAGAGAGUAUUUGUUGUUACACCCAAGCUCAACUAUACAUGACAUUCUACACUUCUGGAGACACGCCACGAUAAUAGAUGUGGGUGAGAACACAUUGGUACCAGAUGAUUUCACAGAGACAGAGUUACAGACAGGAAUGUGGUGGCGCCACCUAGUAGCUGGGGCAGCAGCGGGUGCUGUGUCAAGGUCAUGCACUGCCCCUUUAGAUAGGUUAAAGGUCUUUCUUCAGGUACACGCAUCAAGUAAAAAUAAUUUAGGUAUCGUCACUGGUUUUCGUCACAUGUUACACGAAGGAGGAGUGAAGUCGCUAUGGCGAGGGAACGGCGUAAAUGUCCUCAAAAUAGCUCCAGAGACGGCGAUCAAAUUUAUGGCAUAUGAACAUAUAAAGCGAUUAUUUAAGAAGAACAGUCAGUGUGAGAUAGGCGUAGGAGAGCGGUUCAUCUCCGGAUCCCUGGCAGGGGCCAUAUCCCAAACUGUCAUUUACCCCAUGGAGGUAUUAAAGACAAGGUUAGCAUUGCGCAGGACGGGUCAGUACAGCGGCGUCUUGGACUGCGCUGCUAAGGUGCUCAAGUCAGAGGGGCCACACAGUUUCUACAGGGGCUAUGUACCUAACCUGUUAGGGAUUAUACCAUAUGCAGGCAUAGAUCUGGCUGUCUAUGAGACAUUGAAGAAGAUGUAUAUGAUUCGCUGUGAUAACGCAGACCCUGGGAUAUUUGUACUGCUUGGCUGUGGCACCCUGAGCAGCACAUGUGGUCAGUUAGCUAGUUACCCACUGGCCCUAGUCAGGACCAAACUGCAGGCUCAAGGUAAUUCCCCUCAAAAAGAGACAAUGUCUGCUUUGUUCAGGACAAUACUGCAGGAGGAGGGGCCACGAGGACUGUACAGGGGAAUAACCCCUAACUUCAUGAAGGUGGCUCCUGCUGUAAGCAUCAGCUAUGUGGUGUAUGAACAUGUGCGUAAAGCCCUCGGGGUGACGAUGACGUGACGAAGGUGACAUUUAGGCUACUACUUUAUCUCACUGGACGUCUCAGUAUUGUCAGCCUACAGUAACCCCGGGGGUCAUUGUGAUAGUCAUACUGACAGGUGAUCAUGUUACUUGUAGCUUUUUGCUAACGACCUAAGACUCACCUGUGUGCUGAUUCUAGAGCUAAUUACCUCACCUCACCUCUCUUCAGGUUAUGCGAUUGAUAUUUUUCCAUUUGGUACUCGUUAUUCUAUUGAAUUCCACAAUUUUCUUCUAUUUAUUCACAAACUUUGGUUAUAAUGACUGCAUGU